AUGGCUGUCGUUUCGAGUGACUUAGGGUCUCAAGUCUUCGAUGAAAGCACCCCCGAACUCCCAAUAUCAAAAUUUUCCGAUUUUUAUAUCGGGAGGCCCCUCGGGAGAGGUAAAUUUGGAAACGUUUUUCUUGCGCGUACAAAACGAGAUAACUUCAUCUGCGCUCUUAAGAUCCUCUUUAAAGAACAGCUUGUCAAGUCUGGCGUAGAGCACCAGCUACGCCGCGAGAUUGAAAUAAUGUGUCAUCUUCGCCAUCCUAACAUCCUACAACUGUACACAUACUUCCAUGACAAUUCAAAGAUUUACCUGGUGCUGGAGUUUGCCUAUUACGGCCAAAUGUAUAGUGAACUUCAGCGCGAACAGCGCUUUAGUGAGCGCAAGGCUUCAACUUAUUUAUAUCAGCUGUGCGAUGCCUUGAUUUACUGCCAUGCGCGCAAAGUUAUUCAUCGAGACAUUAAACCAGAAAAUCUCCUUCUUGGUUUGUGUCACGAACUGAAAUUAGCGGACUUCGGCUGGUCUGUCCACGCUCCCUCCCUGAAGUCGGUGUGCUCAUUUAAAUGUAUGAAUACGCGCUUAGCCCCCAUAAUUGGCUGUGCUGUAGAUGAACUUGACCAACUCGGGCGACAGAUUGAAUCACGGCAUGCGUUCAUCGAGCUGCUCAGUUUGUGCGAACUGGUAACUAUUGCCGCAUGUGGAGGAGUGUGGUGA